GGAGGAGGGGCGGCGGCGGCGGGGAUGGCGGCGGCGGCGGCGGCCGGAGCGCGGGAGCGCGGGGAGCAGGGCCAGCCGGGCCGGCCGGGCCAGCCGGGCCGCCGAGCGCUGUACUUCUGCGGGAGCAUCCGCGGCGGCCGCGAGGACCGGGCGCUGUACGGGAGGAUCGUGUCGCGGCUGCGGCGCUUCGGGGCGGUGCUCACGGAGCACGUGGCGGCCGCCGAGCUGGGCGCGCGCGGGGAAGAGGCUGCUGGGGGUGACAGGCUCAUCUACGAGCGGGACCUGGCUUGGCUGCAGCAGGCAGAUGUGGUGGUGGCAGAAGUGACCCAGCCAUCGUUGGGUGUGGGCUAUGAGCUGGGCCAGGCCGUGGCCCUCAAUAAGCGGAUCUUGUGCCUCUUCCGUCCGCAGUCUGGCCGAGUGCUUUCAGCCAUGAUCCGGGGAGCGGCAGACGGCUCAAGGUUCCAGGUGUUGGACUAUGAAGAGGGCCAGGUGGAGGCCAUGCUGGAUCAAUACUUUGGGGCUGACCCUCCCUAGCAGGUGGCUGCCUCCCCUGACCCAACUGCUUGCCUUAGCCCCACUUUGUUAACUCUUCUAAUCCCAGACUCUUAGUACCCUUCCUACCUCAUAGCCCCAGUACCAAAUUAAAAGGAUGUUUAAAAUUCUGA